UGGGAGGAACUGGGCACUGCUGGGGCAGGGAACUGGGAGGAACUGGGUGAUGCUGGGGCAGGGUUACUGGGAAGAACUGGGAGAUGCUGGGGCAGGGAACUGGGAGGAACUGGGUGAUGCUGGGGCAGGGUUACUGGGAGGGACUGGGUAAUUCAGGGGCAGGGCACUGGGAGGAACUGGAUGGUGUAGGGUGUCAGGGUUACUGGGCGAUACUGGUGCAGGGCACUGGGUGGCACUGGACGAUGCUGGGGCAGGGCACUGGGAGGAACUGGGAGCUGCAGGGGCAGGGUUACUGGGAGGCACUGGGAAGCGUAGAUGCCAGGUUACUGGGAUGCACUGGGCAAUGCCGGGGCAGGUUACUGGGAGGCACUGGGAAGUGUAGGUGCCAGGUUACUGGGACGCACUGGGCAAUGCCGGGGCAGUUACUGGGAGGCACUGGGCGCUAUGGCCCCGCCCCUUCGAGUUGUGGGCGGGGCGUCCCGCGGCCUCUUCCUAUUGGCUGGCGAGGCGACCAAUGAGCGGCGGCGCGGGGGGGUUUGAAUGGGCGGGGGCGCGCGCGCGCGCCGCGGGGCGGCAUGAAUGGAGCGGGGCGGCGCGAGCAGGAGGGGGGGCUACGAGCGCCGUCCCCCCAGGAGCUCCCAACACCACACGUCGCCGCGUCCCGGGGGUGCCGCCGGCUGAAGAUGGGGGGGUACCAGGGGUACCCGGAUCUCCGCGACCAGGAUGGGAAGCGAGCCGUCGACCUGGCGCUGCCGCGGGGCUGCCGGCUGCGCGCACCACUCCUGCGUGCCCCCCUGCACGUCCAGGGCUGCCCCCCUGCAGGGGAUAACCCCCCCCCGGGGUGCUGCUGUGGCUGGUUUCGGGGCGCUGCUGCUGCUCCUCCUCCUCUUGGGGGGCCGGGUGCUGAGCCCCAUCCCGACCCCGUAGCCCCGUGGGGGGCCAGGCGCUCGCUGUCCUUCCUGACCGAGGAUUGCUCCGACGCGGGGCCCCUGAGCAGCACCCGCCUGUCCCAGCUGGGUGAGCUGGAACCGGGGAACAGCCACGGGUCUGGGGGGGCCCCAGCAUGGCCGGGCUGUCCCCCGCCCGCCUCCGUCCCCUCCUUCCCCCUGUGCCCCCCCAGGGGCUCGGCUUUCCCUCCGCAGCCCCUCGCCUCCAGCACCCUGCUGUGUGCUGGGGACGAGCCUGGGCAGGGAACCCCGAGAGGGAUGGGGACGGGGGGGGGGCCCAAGCCCAGAACUGGGGCCAGGAGCCCCCCCCGGCCCCUGGGUUGCAGAGGGGCUGGGGGCCGUGACUGCAGCAGCCUCGGGGAGGAGGACAGCAGCAUGGCCAGCGAGUGCUUCGUCACCGCGGUGGAGACGUUGGAGCCCAGUGAGGCCGGGGGGUGCCAGGGCGAAGCAGGACCCCAGGAGCUGCCCCCCCGGAGCCCCCCAGCUGUGGGGGAGCUGCCUGCGCUGCUCCAAGGCUGCACCCUCGGGGGCUCCCCUCCUGGCACCCCAAGGACCCCUCGCAGUCCACCCAGCCUCGCUGCGGGGGUGGCACCUUGCAGCCCCCCCAGUUCUGCCACGUCACCCCCCGCACCAAGAGCCGCCUCCAGGCCUCAGCAGAGCGGCUUGGUGCCUCCUCUUCCUCUUCCUCCCUCUUUGACACCACCCUGGAGAUGCCCCGGAGGCCCCCCAGGGUCAGAGCACCCAGGGGUGUCCCCGGGGACACCGCCCCCACCCUGGGGCACCGCGUCGCCCUUGGGGGUGCGGAUGUGUCGGGGGGGGACGGAGAAGGCACGGCUUCCCUGGAUGACACCCAGAUCCUCCCCAGGACCCCCAGCCAGCCCAGCUCCCCCCUGGGGGGCAGCAGCUCCAGCCCCACGGUGCUGCUGGGUCCUGGGGACCGCGACCCCCCCCAGGACUCCCCGUCAGACCCUCGGGGCUCCCCCAGCUCCAUCUCCACGGUGCUGCUGGGUCCUGGGGACCAAAGAUCCCCCCACAACCCCCCAUCGGGUCCUCAGAGCUCCCCAAGCUCCAGCCCCACGGUGCUGCUGGGUCCUGGGGACCGCGACCCCUUCCAGGACUCCCCCCACGCCACCAACCCCAGGGUGCUGGAGCCGGGGAGCCCACCGGUGCCACCCUCACCCACCGUCUGCGUCCCCCAUCGCGCCGUGGAGCACGAGGGACGGGUGCCCGGCGAGUGGCACAGCCCCGGUGCAGAAGCCACCAGCCCUGGGGACACCGCGGUCCCCAAGGGGCGAGCACGGGUCCCACGGGUGCUCUCCGACGAGGCGCUCCGCCAGCGGCUGCGGGUGCUGGGGGAGGACCCCGCGCCCAUCACGGAGUUCACCCGGCGCAUCUACCUGCGGCGCCUGGAGAAGCUGAGCCGCAGCCCCGAGGGGCACAGCCCCGAGCUGGCGGCCGCGCUGCAGACCGGCCACGUCCCCGACUGCGCCCAGGACGAGCGGGUGUUGGCGCAGCAAUUCGACCGCCCCGACCGGAGCCGGCACUGGCGCGAGGGGCUGCUGAAAGCCAGCUUCAAUUACCUCCUCCUCGACCCCAGGGUCACCCAGGACCUGCCGCUGCGCUGCCACCGCCUGAGCCCAGCGGAGUGCUUCAGGACCUUCGUCAAAGCCGUCUUCUACGUGGGCAAGGGGACGCGCGCCCGGCCCUACUGCCACCUCUCCGAGGCUCUGAGCCAGUACCGGGCAGGGACGAGGAAGGGCUGCCCCAAGGUGCGGCGCAUCCUGGAGAUUUGGGGCAGCGGGCAGGGCGUCAUCUCCGUGCACUGCUUCCAGAGCAGCGUGCCGGCCGAGGCGUACACCAGGGAGAGCUGCGUGGUGGAGGCCCUGGGGCUGCAGACCAUCACCAACCAGCGGAAGGGGAACUGCUACGGCGCGGCGGCGAGCUGGCCACCCGAGAGGCGCCGGCGCCUGGGCGUGCACAUGCUGCACAGGGCCAUGCGCAUCUUCCUGGCCGAGGGCGAGCGGCAGCUCCGGCCAGCGGACAUCCAGGGUGGGCGCUGAGCACCCUGGGGAGACACGGGGGGGCUGGGGACACCCCUCGCCUUCACCCCCUUGCGCCUCUCCAGGAGGCGAGGGCAGCGUGGUGGCGUGUUUUUAUCUUCUGAGUGACAAUGAGAGUUUUUUCCUAUUUAUUUUUACCCAUCCCCUAAAUGGUGAGGAAUAAAUCACGGCAGGGCUGGACGUGGCGACGA